CCAUCUCCAGCAUGUCGGAGACCGUACCCACCGACGAGCGAGAGCCUCUCCUCAGCCGUGAGUCGCAUAUUGAAGCAGGUGAGCCCGAGGCCUCCGCGCCGCCCGAGAAGAAGCGCAGUUGGUGGACGAUCGGGUGGUACGCAGUGUUCACCGUUGUCGGUGUGGUGCUCCUGGCACUAUUCAUAAAGGGGUUCAUCGAGGCGGACGAUGUCGAGUUUGACCUCGGCAAGGCCCUCAAGAGCGCGCUCGGUGGCGGACUGAGCGGCGCGGCAGCGAUGGUCUUGCAAGUGCUCACCCUCAUGCCCCUCCGUACCGUCAUGAACUACCAGUACCGCUACGGGACUACCACCACCCAAGCCAUCAAGACGCUGUACGCAGACGGCGGCUGGACGCGUUACUACCAAGGCCUUACCGCGGCGCUCAUUCAAGGGCCUGUCUCUCGCUUCGGAGAUACCGCUGCGAACGCCGGCAUCCUUGCACUCCUGCAGUCGAACGGGUUCCUGAAGAAGCUCCCUGCGCUCAUUCAGACGGUCUUCGCCUCUCUCGCCGCGGCGGCAUUCCGUAUGAUCUUGACGCCGGUGGACACCGUUAAGACGACGAUGCAGACGCAGGGCCGGGCCGGGAUGGCUAUCAUUCGCGCUAGGGUCAAGCGCUACGGCGUUGGCACUCUUUGGUACGGCGCGUUCGCGACUGCGGCCGCGACCUUCGUUGGGCACUACCCCUGGUUCGGCACGUACAACUUCCUCGAGGAGGUCCUGCCACCACCCACGAACCUCGGCACGAAGCUCCUUCGCCAGGCUUUCAUCGGCUUCUGUGCAUCGGUCGUCUCGGACACGAUCUCGAACUCGUUGCGUGUCGUGAAGACGUACCGCCAGGUGAACGAGACGCGCAUCGGGUACUUCGCGGCUGCGGAGGCGGUUAUUGCGACGGAUGGCCUGAAGGGCUUGUUCGGCCGUGGGCUGAAGACGAGAAUCUUGGCCAACGGAUUGCAGGGUCUUAUGUUCUCUAUCCUGUGGAAGCUGUUCAUGGAUAUAUGGGCUGACAAGACGAAGUGAUCUUCGUAAUAGAGCGUUAGACUCCAGUCUCGCAUUGUAUCAUAUGCGCAUAUAGGGAUCGGGCGAUAUCAGCGAUGGUGCUAUAAACCUGUUGUCUCCAAAUGCGACAAGAUACACGAUUGCG